UUGCCGUGUUUUGUAAAUUAAUUCAAAUAAAUUGUGUGACAAAUUUUUAGAAUAAACACAUAAGGAAAAUGUAUCAUAAACGUUUAUUUUCAUAACAAAUGUUGUUGUGUUUUCUUUCUAUUUCAACUGAUCGACAUUUAACACAGUCAGGAUUAAUUUCCGGCGGAUCUUGAAAUGAACAACUGUCACGCAGUGAAAACUUUCUCAUGCCGGGAAAUGAACUAUGUACUUUUCGUCAGUUCGUGACUGUGUGCUAAUAUGCUGAAGGAAUUUGUUCUGACACUAGUACAUUAUGUUUUAUGUCUAGGCGUGUUUCUUCGACAAACUGUUACUAAUUUCCCGAACUCGUUUGGUAGUUUCUUUAAGAAAGCUCCGCUUGGACGGAUUCGGUCUGACGCAAGAAAUCUGAAGAAACUGCCUUUACACGUGGGACUUGUUAUCGUUGAAAACGAAUACUCCUAUCGCGACAUAGCCAAUGUUAUUAUUUGGUCAGUUGCUUUGGGGAUAUCUUAUAUAAGUGUGUAUGAUAUUAAUGGUGAAAUAAAGAGAAAUUAUAUUUUACUGCAAAAAGAAAUACAAACUAGUAAAGAAGAAAUAUUAGCUUCUGAGAAACUGAAAUAUGAUAUAGAAAUUCUUUCCUCAAAUAGCAGGGACAAGUCAAGACGAGAUGGUGGGUGUUCAAAUAUAAAGCAAGUGAAGGUUAAUUUAUUGUGUGAGGAGGAUGGGAAGCCCAGUAUAAUCAAAGUGACAAAACAGCUGUGUCGGCUAGUGCAGGCUAGUCAGUACAGAAUUGAAGAUAUUGUGCCAAACAACGUGGACUCCUUUUUUCAAGAUUUAACCAAAUUUCCUGAUCCAGAUGUUGUAAUAAAGUUUGGUCCUGUCGAUUCAUUAUUAGGUUUCUUGCCUUGGCAGAUACGCUUAACAGGUAUUUUAUCAUUUCCAUCUCAUAAACAGAUAACAUAUAAGACAUUUUUAUCGACAUUGGUUUCGUACGGACACACAGAACAGCGGCAUGGCAAAUAACAUCAGACCGGAUGUUAAUGUUGAAUCACUGUAUGGGUGUAUGGUCCUGAUGUUGUUUGGAUCAUGUUCAUGAGAAGAUGGAAGGGAAUAAUUUCUUCAUCUCAACAUUUAUGACAUUAAACUGUUCAUUGGAGGAAAAUUAUGUCAAUAUUAUGUUGAACCAGAGGAUUUGAUACUAAUUUUCCUUUUUGUACUUUUGAGUUGUUUAAAAUUGUCUCAAAAUCAUAAAGAGAGUGCACCAAAAAAUGUGCCAAAAUUAUCAGUGGUGGAAUCGGGUUGCUUGUUGUAUGCAUUUGUCUGACAAAAUUAGGUAUUAAGGUGGGGGGUGGGUGGUAACAGCUUUGAUUGUGUAUUAUGAAAAAAUGGUGAUUAGCAUAUUGAUUCUGAUUAACUAACUUUUACAUUCCUGUCGGAAUUGGGUUUGGGCUAUUAAUGGCUUAAUCGGGUAGUUAUACUCAACCACAGAAGUUUAGCAUAGAUUAUUUGUAUAAUUUGACGAAGUGACGAAAAUCCUAAAUGACAUAUAUUGUUAAUCAUUCGACUGGUAUGAAAAUUGUCAAUGUGAGAUGCGUAUGUGAGUAGAGUGAAAAAUUCAUUUGGGAAUUUGCUACAAUAACUCUACAAAAGGACUUCGUUUCAUGCAGAUAAAAAUAACUGAAAACUUUAAAAACUGGUGAAAGCACUAAGUGGGUGUUGCUAAUCAUUUCAGUGUACACUGUACGUCCAUGUCACAUAAUGUUUAAUAAAUUGAACAAAUCAGAGAUGGACAACAUUCUGGUAGUGCAUGUUCAAUGACAGGGUUUAAUAAAUCCACUACCCCUCGGUCCAGGCUAGUGAAUGUUUGCUGUGGGCUAGUGGAAGUUAUCAACGGUAUUACUUUGAUACAUGUACAUAGGGCACCAGUCAAGGCUAGUGACUUUCUGAAACAUUUGUCAAACACUGGCAAUGAGAAAAGAUUGACAUUUAACAAGGUCAGUACUGGUCAUCAAAAUCCUGGGAAGUCAGUCAAAUGUCCUUAUCCAAGCCUGAAAAAUAAUGGAAUUUUGAGUUGGGUCAUGAAAAGUCAUUGCAAAUGAAAAUCAGCCGAAAAGAUAACACUUCACGUUAGUGCAUAUAAUAUUUUGGGGGGUAUUGUGGAAAUAGAAUUUUGCUUUAAAAAAGAUUGAAACAGCUCAAUAAAAAAGUAAUCGAAAGUAAUUAAAUUUCUUCAACAAAAAAGUGUAUUACUCUGGAGUAGUACAUAUUUGUGAUUGAUUUAUGAUUGCUUUUCAUUUGACUAAACAGUUUCAACAAGCUACGUGCAUCAUGAUAAGUUUGUAAUUAUUUGCACACAGCUUGGUUCUUUGUCAAUCAGAUUUUUUUCACUGUUGAAUAUUUAAAGAAAAACCUCGUUGUUUUCAAUCGAGGGCAAGAUUUGUGACAUUGCUAAACUUUUGGGAUUGAGUAUAGUAUGAUUUUGUACAUGAUUGCCACUUUAUAUACCAACUGCCAUAUGAUAAACAAAAUAUUAAAUAUAUUGGUGAAUCUGCUGAGUUCAUCAGUCUUCUAUAUU